AGUUUGCUGUGCGCUGGGGCUCAGACACACACGGAGUGGUGAAGAGCUGCUGCUGAAGUCUCUGCCCUGCUGCCGCUUCCUCGCAGACACCCAGGAUCUAUCCAUCUGCACAUAUUUUUAGCCCCCGCCUUUUUCUUGCUGUCGUCCCCCUGCUUCCCCGUUCUCUCCAUCGUCUCAGUCUUGGAAAAUCCUUGGGGUUUCGGGGUCUGGGAUUUUUUGAUUUUUUUUUAAAUCUGGGUACCUUUCCCCCCUUCUUCUUUUCCCCCAUCUCUGUCUCUCCAUCAAAUCCGGGCUGAUGUGCUCCGCGAGAGGCUGGAAAUGGAAGUGGUGAUGCUCUGGCUUUUCCCCUGGAUAUUUCAGUGCGUUUCAGUGCGGGCGGACUCCAUCAUCCACAUUGGUGCCAUUUUUGAAGGAAAUGCUGCCAAGGACGACGAAGUCUUCAAGCAGGCGGUGUCCGAUCUGAACCUCAAUGACGACAUUUUACAGAGCGAGAAAAUCACGUACUCCAUCAAGCUCAUAGAGGCCAACAACCCCUUCCAUGCGGUGCAGGAAGCCUGUGACCUGAUGACCCUGGGAAUCUUAGCCUUAGUGACAUCCACUGGUUGUGCCUCAGCCAAUGCCCUGCAGUCCCUGACAGAUGCCAUGCACAUUCCACACCUCUUUGUACAGCGCAACUCGGGAGGUUCCCCGCGCACUGCUUGCCACCUAAAUCCUAGUCUUGAGGAGGAAGAAUACACACUAGCAGCCAGACCGCCUGUCCGCCUCAAUGACGUUAUGCUGAAACUCGUCACCGAACUUCGAUGGCAAAAAUUCAUAGUAUUUUAUGACAGUGAUUACGAUAUUCGUGGGCUGCAAGGAUUUCUGGACCAGGCCUCUAGACUGGGACUUGAUGUAUCUUUACAAAAGGUGGACAGAAACAUCAGCAGAGUUUUUGCCAGCCUUUUUACUACCAUGAAAACUGAAGAGUUGAAUCGCUACCGUGACACAUUACGAAGAGCAAUCUUACUUCUAAGCCCCAGGGGAGCCCAAACUUUCAUCAAUGAGGCUGUGGAAACCAACCUUGCUUCAAAGGAUAGUCACUGGGUCUUUGUAAAUGAGGAAAUCAGUGAUAAUGAAAUAUUAGAACUGGUACACAGUGCUCUCGGGAGGAUGACGGUUAUCCGGCAAAUCUUCCCUCUGUCAAGAGACAACAAUCAGAGAUGCAUGAGAAAUAAUCAUAGAAUAUCUUCACUGCUCUGUGAUCCACAAGAAGGCUAUCUGCAGAUGCUGCAGGUCUCUAACCUCUAUCUAUAUGACAGCGUGCUCAUGUUGGCCAAUGCCUUCCAUAGAAAGCUGGAAGACAGGAAAUGGCACAGCAUGGCAAGUUUGAACUGCAUGAGGAAAUCCACCAAACCUUGGAAUGGAGGUCGAUCCAUGUUGGAGACUAUUAAGAAGGGCCAUAUAACUGGGCUCACUGGCGUUAUGGAAUUUAGAGAAGACGGCUCCAACCCCUAUGUCCAAUUUGAAAUACUGGGCACCAGCUAUAGUGAAACAUUUGGCAAAGAUGUGCGGAGGUUGGCAACAUGGGACUCUGAAAAGGGACUGAAUGGCAGCCUACAAGAACGGCGUCUGGGCAGUGAUUUGCAAGGACUGACACUGAAAGUGGUGACUGUCUUGGAAGAGCCUUUUGUGAUGGUGGCAGAGAACAUACUUGGGCAACCAAAGCGCUAUAAAGGAUUUUCCAUUGAUGUCUUGGAUGCACUUGCCAAGAAUCUGGGCUUCAAAUAUGAGAUUUAUCAAUCUCCUGACGGCAAGUAUGGACACCAGCUCCAUAACAGCUCUUGGAACGGCAUGAUUGGAGAACUUAUUAACAAGAGAGCAGAUAUGGCAAUCUCGGCUAUCACUAUAACACCAGAACGGGAAAGUGUUGUGGACUUCAGCAAGCGGUACAUGGAUUAUUCAGUGGGGAUUCUAAUCAAGAAGCCUGAAGAGAAAAUCAGCAUCUUCUCUCUCUUUGCUCCCUUUGAUUUUGCGGUGUGGGCCUGCAUUGCAGCUGCCAUCCCUGUAGUUGGUGUCUUGAUAUUUGUUUUAAACCGUAUCCAGGCAGUCAGAGCACAGAAUUCUUCACAUCCCAGUCCCUCUGCUUCCUCCACGCUUCACAGUGCCAUUUGGAUUGUGUAUGGGGCCUUUGUUCAGCAAGGUGGUGAAUCUGCUGUCAAUUCUGUGGCUAUGCGCAUUGUGAUGGGAAGUUGGUGGCUCUUUACCCUUAUUGUGUGUUCAUCCUACACAGCUAAUUUAGCAGCAUUUCUCACAGUAUCAAGGAUGGAUAAUCCUAUAAGAACAUUUCAAGAUCUGUCCAAACAAAUGGAUAUGUCUUAUGGUACUGUCAGGGAUUCAGCAGUGUAUGAAUACUUCAAAGCAAAAGGGACAAACCCUUUGGAGCAGGAUAACACAUUUGCUGAACUGUGGAGGACAAUCAGUAAAAAUAAUGGGGCAGAUAACUGUGUAUCGAACCCUUCAGAAGGCAUCAGGAAGGCAAAGAAAGGCAACUAUGCUUUUUUGUGGGAUGUAACAGUGGUGGAAUAUGCAGCCUUGACAGACGAUGAGUGUUCUGUGACCGUCAUUGGAAACCGCAUCAGUAGUAAAGGGUAUGGGAUCGCACUCCAGCAUGGCAGCCCCUACAGGGAUCUCUUCUCCCAAAGGAUCUUAGAAUUACAAGACACUGGAGACUUGGAUGUACUCAAACAGAAAUGGUGGCCGCGGAUGGGACGUUGUGACCUGAACAGCCACACCAAUGCACAGACAGAUGGCAAGGCACUGAAGCUUCACAGUUUUGCAGGCGUCUUCUGCAUUUUAGCAGUAGGCCUUCUUCUUGCGUGUUUGGUGGCAGCGCUGGAGUUGUGGUGGAACAGCAACCGUUGUCAUCAAGAAACUCCAAAAGAGAGCAGUUACAGCAUGGGCAGCAGCAGUGCAAACUUCCCUACGUUGUCCCACCAAUGUGCCUCAACUCUGACCUGGAGAGACCAGCUUUAGGGGUAAGAGAGUAGCUGAGACACCAUGCCCUUGGCCUCUCUGCUAAGACUGACAGCAAGGAUACUAAUUGGCACCAACUGAUGUUUUUGUGAUUUGGACCCUUGUCUAGUGGGCUGUGACCCAGCUCAUUCAACAUAACUGCCAUCAGAUGGCAACAAUUUUUGGUUACAACCAAUCUAGAUCAAAUUGGAGCAGGUGACUUAGUGAUUAAAAGUUAAUGAUCCCAUUAUUAAUACAGUACGCUAGGCAGCCACCAACACUGUUUAACAACUUUAUUUUUGGAACCUUUAAAAAAAAAUUAAUGACUUUUCUGAGCAAAUGCCUUUCAUAUAAAAUAUUUUACCUAGAACAAUACCAUUUGGAAUGACUUGUUUGCAAACAUUUUCUUGCAACAGUACAAACUAACUAAUAGUAACAUUAUGGUAGACUAAACAGUCCAUAUGCAGAGCUAUCUUGCAUGAAGCAUGUAUUUAUUUGCAUCAAUUAAAAAGUUUAACAAGCUAACCUCUGGGAAUUUUUUAAACAUUGAGACACUUGCAGAUUCUUACAUUUUGAACAGAUAUUUAUUACAGGCAAGCUGUAUCACUGCUGGAAAAGAAUACAAAGCCCAUCAAUUCCAAUCUUAAUUUCUAGGAGUAUUACAAUAAUUGACAUGCCUACUACACAUAAACAAUUGUGGCAUAUGGAAUCUGAAAAUAUAUGUUGUAGUCUGUAAUGUUAUCAAAUAUUUGUCACUAAGAUUCCAUUCUCUGUGUUCCCUCUUCACCCAUUUUAAUUCAUCCGCAAACUGUUCAGUGAUAAACAUCCAUAUCAUGCUUGUGGGACAAACCUGUGAAGUCACUUGCACACAACUCCACGAUGUAUAUUGCUGAAAGGGAGCCUUUUGAUAAUGGAAAUUUUGUAUCCAUUUUGCUUAGCACAGUAUAGCAUUUGGAGAGCAUACACAGUGAGGACAAAUAGCUUUGCCUAUAAAGACAGAUACAUUUAUAUUUUUGAUGCACGGCUUUAGCCUUUCCCUUAGUACACUGUAGACCUCAUCCCCACUAAAACUGUGGAGGGCUACUCCACAAUAAGGCCCAUACCCUGUAAGGGAGCUCCAUGCAGGGGGACCUCCUCACCUUUGCAGAAUACCUUACAGGAUCAUGGACAAAGGUGGUAACUAUUCAAAGUCCACUAAUAUUAGCCAUAUUUGGGUGUGAUGUACUCUGGGUGUAUUCUCCUUUCAAUGCUCAGGGAGUCCAAUGCAUAAAUCUUUGCAGACUUAAAUGAGCAAUACCCAAAAAAUCAGAGACAAAAACAGAAAAGGUAAAGUAAGUGUUAGAUAAGGUCAGUCAGUGAUUUAAUUCAAGAUAUCCCAAGCUCUAUUUUAUUUCUCAAAAAGAAAAGGAGUACUUGUGGCACCUUAGAGACUAACCAAUUUAUCUGAGCAUAGCUCACGAAAGCUCAUGCUCAAAUAAAUUGGUUAGUCUCUAAGGUGCCACAAGUACUCCUUUUCUUUUUGCGAAUACAGACUAACACGGCUGUUACUCUGAAACCUAUUUUAUUUCUAUUUCCCAUUCCUUGGGGAAGGAUCUGUGUCUCUUAUCUUUAAUGUUCUGCUUCCUUUGCUCCUGCUUCACCUUAUUUUCUUUUUCUUUUUCUGUGUCUAACUGGAAUUCUUAACAGCUUUCAUCAUUCCCCUAUCCCACUUUUCUUAAUCAGAAAUACAAUGCUUUAGGCUUUUACUGUUCUAAAUUAUGGCUGCCCUUAACUUUCUUUCUUGGAAUGCUCAGGGUCUUAACAUCUCCACAUAAAAAGCUCUAAAAUACUUCAGCAGACUCAAAGAACAGAUGGAUGUAUGGUACAGCUUUACUCCAGGAAGAUCACUCAUCUGUGGGAAUAAGCAGAUGUGUGGGAGUAAGUGGUUUCAAGUCUGAGCCAAAAGCACUUCCAGGGUAGGGGUAAACAAGACGAAUUAAACUAAGAUAAGACACAGGAGAACAGGUCAAGAAAGUGAGGGUGUGUGUGGAGAGACUGGGAAAGGGAACAAGGAGGGUGGAGUCCUGCAAGAAGUUGGUUUUAAUUUUAGCAGAGAGAGGGUACUGCAUGGACAAAAUAUGGGAGACUUUUCCAGAUGCAGGUGGCAGAAUGGAUGAAUAUACAAAGUUGAGAAUGGGAGAAGGAGAUGAAGGAAUCAGUAAUGAAAGGUGUUGGAGAAGUAUAAGGAGCAGGCAUGAGGUAGAAGGAAAUGAAAAUAGUGAUUAUGUAAGGCCCUAAGAAGAAUACAAGGAGCUUGAAUUUAAUGAAAUAAAAUGCAGGAAGCCAGUAAAGUGGUUCAAGGAGAUGGCAUAAAAAGGUCAGAGCAACCAGAGAGGAAGAUGACUUUAGCAGGCACUCAGAUACCAUACUUCUCAUUAUUGUAUAAAUUCCCAGCUGGAUUAGGUAGAAGGAGCAUUUUGGAUGCACUAGAAGAUGAAGUGAGAAAUAGGAUUGAUGAAGAGGUGUAGGUUCCUGUAGUCAAGGUGAGAAAUGUCCACCAAGGAUGCAAGUGCAAGUAGUUGGGACAGUGAAAAGAGAAUAUUCUGAUAAUGUUAAAUAGAAAGAUGUUUCAGCGUUAUGAAGGGACAGGAUAUGGGGGAGGAGGAGAAAGAGGUGUCAAAUAUGACACCAGGGUUGCAGAUGUAGGAAACAGGAAGGAUAAUGGAGUUGUUAGUAGAGUUAUAUAAUCAUCAGCAUUUCUAUGGUGCCAAUCACUAUAAAGUAUAAACACAUGGAUUACAGAAAACAGUGAAAUCUGUCCCACUAGUGCAGUCAAUAUACCAUCCGGUUCUGUAGUUUAAUUAACAGCUUCUAACUUUGAACACACUGCUGGAUUUUUCUUCUCUUCUGCUUUUUGGAAGGCUUUGGCAAAGACAUGUGACUUGCAAUGUGAGCUGAAAAUGGUGAGAGUUAGAUUUUUCUGGAUCACCCUUGGAAGAGUGUUCCAGAGUCUCAUAUGAGUGUAAGUACACACAAAUGGUCAUACUGGGUCAGACCAAUGGUCCAGCUAGGCCAGUAUCCUGUCUUCUGACAGUGCCCAAUGCCAGAGGCUUCAGUGGUAAUGUACAGAAGAGGGCAAUUAUGAAGUGAUCCAUCUCCUGUCAUCCAGUCCCAGCAUCUUGCAGUCAGAGGCCUAGGGACCCCCUGUGCAUGGCCACUGAUGGACGUAUCCUCCAUAAAUGUAUCUAAUUCUUUUUUUAAUUCAGUAUUAGUUUUGGCUUUCACAACAUAUACAGGCAACGAGUUCCACAGGUUGACUAUGCUAUGUGUGAAGAAGUACUUCCUUUUAAACCAGUAAAAUAAAGAGUGAAAAAUCCAAACUAUUGACCGCUUUGGACUUUCAGUUAGACUAUUCUCUAUCCCUUUUGAAAAACAGAGCAGUUGAAGAGGGUUAGUCUCUGGUUCCCUGAAGAUUAUACUUGGCUCUGCUAGCCAUAGGGUACUGGGCAAUGAGUUUCCCUGGCUUGUCAAACAAAAGAGGCAAUCCUUCGGAUAGUAUGACCUUAUCUCAUUAAUGGGUUUGUAAAUCAGUUCUAGACACUUGUAGUGAAUCCAGGAUUAAAUCAGUUCUUGUUGAAAAGCACUGGCAUAACAUGAAUGGUAUGAUCCACUCAGUAGAUGGAACUCUACACCAACUCCUGCUUAUUUGUGAACUUCUGAUCUUGGCCCAGGAAGAGGGAAAUAUUCUAAAGGUGACAAGUGCACAAACCACUUUGGCUAAUUCACCAGAGCAAUGGAUGGAGUCUUCUUGCUACCUGGAGAGGGGAGAGAUCACUUUUAGUAACUGCUGCAGUUUGUGCUUCUAGAGUCAGUACCGAGUCCAGCAUGACCCAAAGGCUGUGUGUUAUCUUGACUUCAGCUGAGGAUGAAGUACUGAUAUUUGCCAGUUCCUCAAAGCAUUUUCCUCUUCCACUUAGAAUCACAUUGGUGUUUUCUGGGUCAGGUGAGCCUGUUGUUCUUCAUGUACAUUGGAGCAAUCAAGUACUCAGAUAUUUAAAUGGUAUAAAUUAUUAUAGAGAGAAGGUGGGUGAAGUAAUAUCUUUUAGUGGACCAACUUCUGCUGGUGAGAGGGACAAGCUUUUGAGCUUUCACAGAGCUCUUCUUCAGGUCACCUUGUCUCUCUAAUAUCUGGGAACCAACAUGGCUACAACACAGCAUACAUAAAUAAUUAAUGUACUGGUAACACAAACUCGUUUGUGGAAAGGAAGACUUGCCUAUGAUGAUAUUAGAAAAAAAUUAUAUUUGCACCACAAUGCCAGAAUCUUCCAGUAGGAUGCACAUUUAUAGUCUAUUAAUGCUCAAAAGACAUUUAGAAACAUUUAAAUGGCCUUGAUUACUUCUAACUUUGGGGAAAUUAUAUUUGAUCUUCCUUCAGUGAGUAGAUUUUCUAGAAUUUAUAGACAAUCUCUUCUAACUUUGACUAGAUUUUCUGCAAUGUAUUGUUCCAAUUAUUUUCAGUGGCCAGUCCUCUUAUCCUGGUCAUGAAUAUCAGAGCACUUCCACAAAUCUUUGGAUGCAUCAUAACUUGGCCCAUUAAACAGAAGUGUGUAUUUUGCACCAGUGAUAUUAGGCUGUUUCUUACUGAUCCACAAUAGUUUAUAUGUAAUAUUUUGGAUACUAAUAUUAUCUUUAGAAGCUUUUUAGUCAGUUAAAUGAGUGAAAAAUCCAAACUAAUGACCAUUUUGGACUUUAAACUAGAUUAUUCUCUGUCCCUUUUGAAUAACUGAGCAAGUAAUGUAUUGGUCCCCGACCUCUAAAGUGUGUCUGUCAGUGUGGUCUACAUUAUAAAUUAAUCACUUACAUAUAUUGAAAACAGAGUCUCUCUCUCAUAGUAAAAGAAAUUCAGAAAAUGAAUAGUGUCUCUGUGACGGGGUCCCCAGGGUGCCACCUGGCUUUUGGGACUGCUGAGCCCUCCAAACCCACCAACCUGGGUUGGCCCUCACACUGUGAUGCUAAUGUCAAGUUGCAAACCCUUGACAGGCACUGCCCUUUACACAGACAUACACAGGCAUGGACGCCCCUAACUUUGAUACAUGAAUGAUUUCCCAGUCACUCAUGAACCAUUAACAGGGAGGCUGCAGUCAAUUCCCCCCAGCUCCCCAGCCUCGCACCCCAGAACUGUACUGUCUUGCACUGGUCAGAAGCCUGACCAGUGUAAUUUCGUUAUUUAGUUCACCACUUCUUCAUAGGAAAGUGGACAUGCACCCCAGCCUUUGUAACCUGAGCUGAGAUUUCCUAAGCACUUUACACAAACUCACUUAUAAGGAUACAACAUUAAAAUAUGUUUAUUAAAUACAGAAAGAUAGCUUUUAAGUGAUUAUAAGGGGUAGGCAUAAUGGUCAAAGAUAGUUAACUUAAGAAAAUAAAAAGUAAACAUGUUUGCUAAAUCCUAAACUUUUAGUCUAACCAAGAGUUGAAUCAAGCAGCUUUUCUCACCCUGACAGAUGGCACAAGCAGGUUUCAGUUCCCCAAUACACAGACUGAACUCCCUUUUCAGCCUGGAACCAAACUUUCUUAGUUCAAAGCUUUUGUCUUCCAGAUGUGUUCCCAGAUGUUGAGAUGGGUGGAAGGGGCGGAGACAGGCCAAGUGAUGAUAUCACUUUCCUUCUUUUAUACUGUCUUCCAGCUUGCUGGAAAGAUCCUUGCUGUCACAUGGGGAUCAGGCAGUCGCCAUCGGUCAAGCAGUCUCCAUUGCAUAUGUGAUCUCUCUGAGAAGUCUCUGGGAUAGUGGUUUCUUUUCUUGAUGGGUGUUGAUGGGCCAUUGACCCUGUCUGGCUGUUGCUGGCUACUCCUUUGUUGUAACUGAAAGGCUGGUUGUGGGUGUUCCCAACUUCACAACGUAUUUCAGUAACACACAUAGCAAUACUUCAUAACUUCACGUACAAUGAUAGUACAUACAAUCAAAAGGAUAUUAAUGUUCAACAGAUCAGGACUUUUGAAAUGAUACCUCAGAAGGUAUAUUUUCUAGAAAAAUAUCAUAAUAUCAUCACAGUGGUGAAUAUGGUGGUUCCAGGGUGCUAAUUUGACGUACAGAGGGUCAGAGCAUCCUAAGUCCAGUAACUUUUUAGUACAAUUGCUGCUCAUGUCUUUCACAAGCUCAACAAACGAAUAUAAUUUGGGUCAGUCAAUUUGUGAGGGCUUUCCCACAACACCGAGUCUUGGCUAUUUUUCAAUUUAUUUGACAGUCUGAAAGAUGGUUUCCAAAUGCUCACUGCCAUUAUGACCCAACAUGGCUGCUAACUGUAAUAGACUUAGCAGGCUCCAUCGAUACUUUAUCAGCUAUGUCUUUCUGCCCUCAGCUAUCCCCCCAGAAGAACAAUUCUCUUGUGCUAUCUUCAAAGUCAUCAAACCAUUGUAGCCCCCCCUCCCUUUUUUCCAUAUCAAAUGUUACACUCUAGAAUAACUAAAACUUUGAAACUGAGAAGAAUAAAAAAGUCAACCAUGGAAAUCCUGUAAAAUUCUCUGUGUGUGCAAUCUAAUCACAGAAAACAAAUUAUGUGACAUCUUCACAUUAAGGAGAAUUAGCAACUUUAGACUAAUCAUUGACUUUCUUCAGCUAUUUACAGAAUGAUUCCUUUGCCAAGAACUGAAAUGUAUUGCAUCACUUAUAGAAGAUAAGAUUGACACAUUGGCCGUUAAGCCACAUCUUGCCACUAUUACAACUUGCUCAUCAAAUUUCUCUUUCGAUCGUUCCUUAUCUAGAACGAAGUGGACUAUAAAACAUAAAUGUAUUUAAUCUGAAGAGACUGGAACAUGACACAAAUCACAGUUGUAAUGCUGGUGUACAUGGAACCUUAAUUUCCUGCUAGCUAGGAAAUUACGUCAUUUUCAUCUUACUCAAUUGCAGUUAGAUAUUGCAUCAUCUCUCUCCUUUAAGGACCCUAAGGAUCUUUCAUACCAUAUAUUUGCAAUUCUUUAACUAUCACAGUGUGAAUUAAAGCUGCUUGGUUUAUAAUUUCUCAUCGUUUUAAUCAGCCAGUGUAAAAUCAUUCUACCGAGCAGUCUUUUUCUUUCUCCUGUCCUCAGUGUUCUCCUUCUCCUCUAUUUUUCAGAUUAAGGAGGCCGACAUCUAAUGCUCUGUCCACAGCAGGAACAGAAUUGUACUAACUGACUCAUAUAUUUGUAACAGCAUCAUGUCAUCAUUACUGCUUUCACUCUGUUUUCAACAAAAUAACUUCAAUAGAUACUAUUGCAACCCCACAAGUCAUCACUCUGCAAAACUUUCUAACUGUGCAGGAUUGAGGAAGGUGAUGAAAUUGCCCUGAAAUAGUCACAGGUAAUUUGGUCUGUGGAGAGGGGAUAACAAAAAACAACCACCUAUCUCUCUGGACUGGGAUGUGCAGCCUUAUAUCUUCUGCCUUAAGUUUCCCUAUAGUGCAUCAUAUAUCUCUGCUGGAUGAGGACACACCUAUUUUAACCUACCUCAAAAAAUCUGCACUUACAGCUUUAGCUUUUUAGUCUUUCUCUUUGGAAUUGGUAACCUGAAACCCACUGUAUCUCGGAAAUAGAAAUAUGAGAUUAUUAAUAUGAUCAUAAUGGGUCAAAGAUGAUUACUGCUGAGAAUUCUAAUCAGGAUCAAGUUUACCUCGCCUCAGAUCUCCAACAAGAUAUUAUUUCAUAGGCCCUGGCACAUUUUCCGUAUGGUGUCAGCCACCUUUUUGGUUAUUAAAGGUUCUUAUACUUACACCAAUUUUUCUCUUCCUUUAUUCUUUCCUGUUCUUACCUUUCUUUUCUUCUCCACUUGCCUUCUUUCUGCUGCUAUCUUUUUUCUCUGACUAUUUGAUUCCCCCUUGGGACAGUUACUUCUGAUGGUGAAAGAAAACACAAGAUCAUUGAACUGACAUUUUAUUUUCCCUUCAUUGUAUGUUCUUUAUAUUUUAUGUUGUUUUUUAAAUUAUUUUUAUGUAUUUUGACAUGUCUGAAAUCUUUGUACAUUUUUUGCUCAGUUACAUAUAAAUGAUCAUUUGUUUGUACAACUGUAUUGUACUCUACUUUUUCUAAGAAUAAAUAAAGUUUUUUGAGGGGGAAAUUUAAAUAAUACAAACAUUGGCAAAAUAGUGCAUUGUAAUGCCACCCAGAAAACACAGCUUCAAGACUAACUAUGAACAUAAGAACUGGCAAACUUCACUUAACUAGCAGCUUUAAACCAGCAAUGAGGUUUCAGAAGCAACCAUCAAUCACUCCAGGCUGCAAGGCUUCAUGCUGUUAUAUGACAAAACACAAAGCUUGAGGGAGGAGGUACAGACAAAAAGAAGAGAAAAAAUAUCUGUACUCUCCCUUGUACAGAUAUUGAUAAAAACUGAGAAAUUAUGAGUUAAACAGCCGUAAUACACUCCUUACUGAUUAUUUGAACAAUUGCAAUAUAAAUGGUCUGAAAACUCACCUCUUAUCUGAGCAGAACCAGAUAUUCUGCAAUACCUAGUCACAGCAAAUGGGCAGAUCAAAAGCCCAUGGAAGUCAAUGGGAAUCUCAC